AUGGGCCAAGAUAUUAUCUCCACACGUACGGCACAGCGUUGGUUCAAUCGGUUCGACAAUGGGGACUUUGAAUUGGACGAUUCACCUCACUCUGGAAGACCGACCGAAAUAGAUCUGGACCAAUUAAAACAACUUAUUGAAGACGAUCCUCGGUUGACGACACGCUGCGUAGCAAAGCAGCUCGGAUGCUCCCAUACCACGAUCGAAACACAUUUGAACGAAUUGGGAAAGACGUGGAAAUAUGGGGUUUGGAUAUCCCACGCGUUAUCGGUCCAUCAGCUUCAAUACCGGCUUGAUGUUUGUAUGGAUUUACUGACAUCUCAUCGUAACUACGAAUGGCUGCGCAAUCUCAUUACUGGUGAUGAGAAGUGGGUGCUGUAUGUUAAUCAUACGCGCAAGCGUCAAUGGCUUGGCGUUGGCCAAACUGCUACAGCAACACCGAAAAACGAUCUCCACCCGAAGAAAGUGAUGUUGAGUGUCUGGUGA